AUGACUAGGUGCAGCGUGUUCAUUUUGCUCCUCCUCUUCCUCUUCUCCCUCCUCUUCUUCUUCUUCUUCUUCUUCCUCCUCCCAACCCCCUCCCCCUCUCCUGCUCCUCCUGCUCCUGCUCCUGCUCCUCCUCCUCCUCCUCCUCCUCCUCCUCCAGAGUAGGAGUUUGACUUAGGGUUAAUGCUAAGACGUGGGAAUAUGUUCCCUCUUUUGUAAUUUGGCGCAAAGUCGCCUGUAGUAUGUUUGAAGUACAUAUAACCGCGUUCAGCCCUCCACAUCUGUACAUCUCCUGACCAGCCUUCAUUUCGUAAGAAACAGGGAUCUCUUAGCGUUGCUCUGUAUCAUUUGUAUAUUAUUAGCGUGUUCUGAGCAGACUUAAAUCUUGUAAUUGAAGGGUAAUUCUGACUGUUGAACUACUACUGAUUUUCGAAAUUUUUAACGUGUAUCAUUUUUACAUCAAAUCUUCAUUGUGGGAACAAAUUUAGGUCGAAUUCCAGAAAAUAAAGUGGAAACGCAUGGACAUAUUUGUCAAAUCAACAUGGAAAACUUAGUAGGUUGGAGGCCGAUUAUUACCCUGUGGGUAAGUCAGCCCUUCCUUUGACGCCAAUCGCAAUUGAUGGUUUAAAAGACUGAGCCGAACUUUAGCCGUCCUCGGGCAUCCUGCGUUGCGUACCAGACAGAAAAGAAUAGGUAAGAUUAAUGGAAGGCAAGUCAGAUUGCGCACUACUUAAUCGGCGCGUGUAAGCAAAUGGAAAUCCAAAAUGUCGGUCCAUACAUUCCCUGCUCCCCGAUUUGUCUUUGAAGACCACAGGUGAAUUCCCCGCACGAUCUAAUACAUCUCCCCUUUAUUGGCCUGACGUUUCGGAUUUUCACUCAAAUCAAUCAUCAAAGACAGAGUCAGAUAGCUUUUGGCAACCUUUGCCGUACGUGAAGAGUGUCUCGAAAUACGUCAGUCGCCUUCCUACGCCCCUUGGAAUUGGAGUUGCACACGGACCGGAGGCAACCAUAAGGCGCCAGAUCGUGCGGCCGAAAGAUCCACUAACACGGCAAAAACCAUCUCGAGUCGCUUUUCGGGUCAGGGGAGGUUGUAGGCGCAGCAACAAUCUCGGGCAAACCGGAAGACUACUCCGAACACGGAUAUUUGAGUACGCGGUAGCAGUGAGGUGGAACGAUGUCGACUUCCAGGUUGAGGCUCAUUCGACAGAACACAACCGCUCAUUCCCGUUUGAUAUAACAGAAAUGCUUUUUACAAGCGAAAACCGUGUGGGCCGUGAACUGCUCGAGCCAACGUUUUUUAGUUCUUAAUCACUCAACAGGCGCAAAGACUCCUCCUCUUUAUAUUCGGCACUGAGACUUUGCCUUGGCAAAAUAGUUGGCGGCGAACAGAGCGUGCAGAUAACCGCUUUGCGUCCAACGAUCUUUGGUUCGAAUGAAAUAAGGGCAGUACGUUGAGUGUAAGGUAGGGGAACUCGAGAAAUAUGUGUUCUUGCCUUGCCCCACUUUCUUUUAAUUAAUGCAAAAAGGUUUUCGAUGGGAUUCAGGCCCGUUGAAGCCGGAGACAUCUGUUACGAUGUUGAUGAAGACCUUGCUGUUUACGUUUCCGUGGUUGAACGCCAAACUGGUCACUUUCCAAACUUGAUGGCCAUCCGAACCAUCAGGCGUCGACAGUUCUUGAAAGUUGGCGUCAAUAUAGUGUGCUCGCGUGGGAAGUUCUUCCCGCAUAUGACCACCUAGGUUGACUUCGGAGGCUUUUCGAAAAAAUAGGACCUCAUCACAAAGAUAAAUGCUUUUCCAAAAUGAAUGUCUGCGAUCAAUAUAAGUUUGAGCUAGCAAAAAACGCUCUCUAGUAAGUUUCCUACUUAACAUGGCUUUGACUCGGCGUUUUGCAGAUGGAGGCCGAACUUUUCCAUUCCUUUUCCAACUAUGCGUGAAGAAAACGCUGAGAGGUGACCCCUGCAAAGAGACUUACGGGGCCUAUAAUGGUACUUUUUCAGUUUCUAACGAAUGAAAUCGUCGUCUUGCUUGCUUGUGGACCGUUUUGGUCCACCUUGCUAAGCUCUAGGCACUGUUUAAUUAUUAAUAAUUCUUCAAAGAGCCACCUGACUAAUGUUGAAAACAUUAGCUAACGACUCACGCAGCAGCCCUUCGGCUGUCAAUUUUCGUAUCCGCUCAGGGCCAACUUCCGAUAAGAACCGUUUCGACAUCUUUGCUGCACGGCGUGACAAGGAAAAGUGGGAGUUCGAUAUUCAAGCGCGGAAACCCUGGACCACUAAAAACCUCAACAUCCUUGAGAAAGUUUAAAGAUGGGCGACCAAACAUGUUAGUGGACAGGGCACACUACCCUAUAAAACACGGUUAUCCAAUCUCGGCCUUUUUCCUCUGAGUUACAGGCAACUAAGAGGCCACCUGAUACACACACUGCUUAUUAUGCGCGGUCAGGACUGCUGUCUUUUACCUGCUGACUUCUUUGAGUUAGCAACCACAACGAAACCCCGUGGACAUCCACUCAAAACACGUGUGACUGGCGCCAGGCUGGACCUAAGAAAGAUCUUUUUUUUCAACGGAGUGGUCGGGGUUUUGACUUCUUCGCCUGCAGAUAGCGUCAUAUGCACAUCCAAUGGAGCUUUUCAGCACAAGUUGGUCCAGUAUACCCGCACACAUCAUAAUGUCACCAGACCGAUAUCGUCUUAGCGCUCUGUUCCAAAGGUUUAUUAUUGUUAUCAUGGUACUGGCUGUGUUUCUGUAGCGUCAAUUUUGUUAUUUGAAUAUCCACCCAGCUCCAUUGAAUGUGGAUGUUGCCAUUAGCAUUGUCUCCAUCAGAAACUGAGAUCGCACCAAUAUUUUCUAGCAUAAUUAAGAAUAGACUGACUACUAUACAUGUCAUUUAUCUGUCCGGCUUCGGAAAACAUUUCUAAAGAUGUUUGGCGUUUCCAUUUUCGAAUUUUUGAUAUAACUCGCUUCCUUGUAGCAAACCAGGACUUCAAAAGUUCGACACCUAGACAUUUCGAAAAUGUCUUACUUCAAGAUCUCCGCUUAUUUAACCUAGAUCUAAAAAGGAAGUGAAACAGAAUUCGGACACAAACAGAAUUAACAUUGAAUCCCUGCCCCAAGCGGUAACGGAAAGCGAUCUGCGUGAGUACUUCUCCAAAUUUGGCGUUGUCAAGGACGUCGGAUUGGUGGAAAGGUUUAAACGACUCGAUCGUGGUUUUAUUGUCUUCCGUGACCUUGAAUCGGCAACGAAGGUGAUUGAGUCCCAGCCACACAAAUUAAACAAAAGACAAAUUACCGUAUCUCGCACCGAGGAACCUAGAUCUACAGACACCGGGUAAGCAUUUGAUCUACAAAUAGAAGGAUUUGUGAAUUGGACAAGUGAGAGUUGAUUCUUCUGUAUUUCAGAACUCGUCCGCACUUGACGGCAUUUACAAAAUGAAUUCAUCAACACCUGAGGCAUAGUGCAUAACUUGUAGAGACGCCUCAAAGUGUCGUCACAAUGGAACUGACCACAAUAACGGUGCCUGUUGUAAACAUAUUUUCGUCUCCAAAUUAGGGCAACUCUAAAACCAUUUCCACUUGUCCUGUUUUUUUUUUACAAUCACAUAAUUAAUGGAGCACCUCAAUUCUAGAAGGUGUGAAUGGCAGGAUGCAAGAAUUUUGUAGAUUCAUAGUGCACAGAAGGAUAUGAGGGGAGGAGGGGUUCUUGAAUGGAGGAAGGGAAGUCAUGUGCUGAGACGAUUCUGGGCAUUUUUGUUUUAUUAAGUCCCACCGACAAGAAAAGAUGCAUUUUCUAUCUACAUGUGGAAAAACCUCUAGAUGAACACCACGCGAAGUGCUUAAACGUAGCGGCGGAAUGGUAGGAAGAUAAGCAUGAUUGUCAGUUUUAACCGGCUCUGGUGAUGUGGCUCUGGAUGCCCGUAUCGUGCACAGAGUGUUGGCCUGUCGGGGUAUGUGGUAUGACAAGAAGUUAUUCUUAAGCCACACGUAAGUGGCAGCACGUGGCGCCCAAUCUAUAUAUACAUGUUUGCGCAUACAAUUUCCGACCCAACAAAACACUUUUUGCCAUAUAAUUAACAAUUUUCAGAGCAACCAUUGCGAAUGUAUACUGCGUUGUUUGUACGGUUAAUCACUGCACAAUCCUAUACUACUGGCUGCCUGUUGGAUGUUUGUGAAUAUAAAGCGGUUUUUCCGCAGUUGCUGAUGGAUUUCAGCUCAAAUAUUCAUGUCAAACUUCGGACCGUGCCUGAAAAGGUCUGUUUCGAAAGAUUUACUCCACGUUCGCGCAUUAAUUUCCUCGGAAAUUAAACAAAACAUGAAUGUAGCCUGUCAUAUAGCCUAACUAACUGUCGUCGUUAUUCCCACACAGUUAAGUUAGCAUACCAGCCCUCAUACAACUAUCUAGAGCAGGUGGGUUAACUCAAGGAAUAUCAAGAGAAAUUCCGAAAUGCCUUUCCAUUUCGAAAAGAUUAAUUAAGUAGGGUUGUAAAACUAAUAAUUAUGCGGCAUUAUUCUAUAAUAAUUCAGUUAUUACAGGACUCCAGCUUUCAAACAAACUUCUUUCUGGCUGCAUCCUGAAACCGUACUUCUUAAAAAAUGACUUUUUACGUAACAUGUAUUUUUUGAUUAAUUUUUGAUGAUCUAAGUGAUUCAGUUAUAUUUCAUAUAAAAUGCACAAAAAUUUUCAUUCUUUUGCUCAUUCAGUAGAAAACUACGGCUUCUUCUAAAUUUACAGUCAAAGGAAGGGUGUAAUUUGGUUUUAUAAAACUUUGCCGAUUUCCAAAUAUUUCUGGACCAACCCCACCGUUACACAUGCAUCGAGGGUUCCCAAACUACAAGCCGUAUAAAUUCCGCGUACGCAAAACCAUGCAUUUCUCUAGGGUAAUAGAGGGGGACAGUAUAGGGUUCAUAAAAUUAAACAGGGAAUUUGAGCCACAUCCUUAGCUUUGUAAGCCAUAUUGGUAAAUGCAAAGACAUGACGUUUUAUGAAGGGCCAUUACACCAUAUAAAAUGUUCUCACAAGUGGAACCUUAAAUCGAAUAAUACACUUCCGUCGAGCGUAAAGCAGAAAGAAGACGUAAUUUUCUACCGAAUGAGCAAACAAUUAAAAUAUUUAUGCAUGUUUUCUAAGAAAUAUAAUUAAAUCUUCAAGGACAUCGAAAAUCAAUGAAAAAUGCAUUUUACUUAAGUAGCCAUUUUUUAAGCAGUAUGGAUUUGGAUGCAGCCAGAGAGACUUUUGUUCAAAAGCCAGCUUCCUGUGGUAACUGAAUUAUUAUUAUAGAAUUCUGCUGCAUAAUUGUUAGUUAUAUAGCAAUGUUUAAUUAAUCUUUUCGAAACGGAAGGGCAUUUUGGAAAUUCUGUUGACAUUUCUUGAGUUUACCCACCUACUGCAGAUAGUUGUAUGAUGGCUGGUAUGCUAACCUGAAUGUGUGGGAAUAAAGACGACAGUUAGUUAGGCUAUAUGACAGUCAACAUUCACAAUGGUGGCUCCGAUGUUGGUUAUUGUCCAGGGAACCCAUUAGUGGAAUAUCCAGUGAUCAGGAAUUCACUACCAAUAUUAACCACACUUACAUUCGGGAUGUGAGUUGCGAUUGGCCAUGGUGCAAACUUGUCAAUCACUGCGGCCAAAUGUUGUGGUAAAUAGCCUAGAAGAUCUGUGAUUUUCGUGAACAAACAUGUGUCCGGCCAAAGAAAUGUGAAGAUAAGGGAAUUAUUUGUGCCAUAAAAUUUUGGCCUUCUAGAAGGCCCGACAGGAAAGAGACCAUUUUCGAAUGUGAAUGUGUAUGCCAGCCAGGGGGAACAUUCCCUGAUGGCGUGCUGGGACGCCAAAAUGCAAGGAUGACAAGAGAAAAUCGAAAGCCUGUUGAGCGAUUGUGCUAUUCCGUCACCUGUAAGCCACAUGCCAAUUCAGCGCAGAAAAAAAUAGAAGCUUACUCCUUCAGUUGAGCUAAAGGCUUGCGUCCUGUUGACUGUAAAUGGUAACAUUCAGUGUCACAAAGGAACUUCUUUAACCGACUAAUUCUAAUAUCAGAACGUAGGGGAGGCAGCAGUCUCUAAACCAGAGCAUAAAAUUAAAAUAUUCAUCACGACAUGACAAUUCAGAUAGGAUAUAUAUUAAUGACGCUAGCGGGUAGUCCUUUCUUAUACUCCGAGUUUGUAGAAUGUAUUUUGCAAGCACGUCUGUCCUAGACCACGAAAAAUGUGGCCGACAUAUCGACCAGUGUGUAACCUUGACAUUUUUGUCCUUUUAAACCUAGUUCUGGGAAGGAACUGAGUCAGAACGUGGACCCCAACAAAAUCUACCUUGGAUCUCUGCCUAAAUGGAUAAACGAGUGCAGUCUGCACAAGUACUUCUCCAAAUUUGGAAUUGUCGUGGAUGUAGGCGUGCUAGAGGAAGGUCAAUUCACCGGUCGUGGUUUUGUUGACUUCCGUGACUCUGAUUCGCCAAAAAGGGUGCUUGAGUCACAGCCGCACCAAAUAAACGAGACACAGAUCACCGUCUCUCUCGACAGAAAACCAGGAUCUGCAGGCACUGUGUAAGCCUCUGACCCACUAUGGCGAACAUAUACAAUAUGGCUACAAGGAAUUUUGUUUUUUUUUGAGUUUUAGGACUCAUCUAUCUUUGUCACAUUUGAGUCAUGUUCUACAACAGGUUGAACAUCUGUUAUUAGUCCAAGAGAGGCGUUAGCAACCUGCCAUAAUUUGCUUAGCGUACACUCAUCAAAUACCAAACAGACUGAUCAAAUUAACCGCAGGCGAAUAAGUGGUUUUUGUCCUUAAAAUAAUAAAAUUCGCAAGACAGUUUAAAUUCUAGAGAAAUGUCACAGUUCUAGGAUUUUAGAUGACGAGGUUAGUGAGGUUGUUUUGCAUUGUGUUCAUAUUUGGUCGAAAGAAAAAACGCGAAACAAAUCGAGGGAACACGAAUAACCACAUUAACAGAAAAUUUUAACUUUAACGCAUAUUUAGCAGAAUAUUAAAAAAUUAAUGGCAGGGCGAUAGGGGAAAGCGGGAACGACCUUGAGAGUCAGAAUUUAUUUUGCUGCUCUGCCGAAAGCGCUCCACGGAAUCCGCCAAGCAUGCUAGUCCCUGCACCCGACAUCUUCAUCUCUAGUUAUUUUGAGUCGUACCUGCCACUGCUGCUUGAUGAAAUAAUAAAGAAUGAGACCGAUGGUGGGAUUCGAACCCACAGCGGCAAGGUCGAGGCAUAUGUUCAGCCAACUAUUUCACCGCCCGAGCUACGUAGCUCUGACUGGGAACCGUGAGUUACUUCAAGUGCUACACAUCUAGCUUAAUGUGACCCAUGGAAUUCACCAAUCCUGAUACAGUAAGCUACCCGCCCAAGCUGGAGUUUCUAAGCAGUCAAUCUAGAAUCCACUAUCCAAAAGCCAGACUAACUUUAUUAAUAAUUAUUUUUGACGGAUUUACAUAUGCCUUUUGACUCACAUGCGCGAAAUUUGGCGAUCUCUGUGGAAUAAGAACACCUAUUGGUGAAAUGAGCGUGGUAGUCAGCAGUCAGCUGGCAGAUUCUAGACUGAUUUCUCAGUAAGUUCAGAUUAGGCAGCCAGUCUACCAUAUCAGCUCCUUAGUCAACCGCAUUCGACAACGCCAGCUUUGAGCUCUAAAGCCAAAUGAAAUUUAGUGUAGUUUGAAUCAAUCGAUUUGCGACAUUUUAAUUUCGCCCCAAAGGUAUUUUUGCAUCACACCAUGUGAAAAGAGUCUCUUCUUAAAUGAAUGCAUCAGGCUGCGCAAAUUCUGGAGAAAAUAUACAUUUAACUAUUGGUUCGUCUAUUAAAAUACGACUUCUCUGCUGCUGCUGCCUUCCUAUAGGUCCAUUAACUCAAGCAAUUUACGUCAAAAUCCCCCCACUGAGAAUCCUGCCGUGGACUUGGAGUCAGAAACGUCGCCUCGUUCAGAAUCCCUUGCAGCCUGUCCGGAGGGUGAGACGUCUGGUCCAGCGCUGGAAGUCCACGAUCACUGCUCGGAGGUAUUUGCCAUUGCGGGCCAACAUUCAGGAGUCGGGGAUGAAGCGGAGAUGCAGUAG